GAAAGUAGGCUGCUUAUAUGUGUCGGACACGGGCGUCAAGAUCCCCACUAGAGAUGGCGCAGAUAGAUAUAUAACAAAUAGAACGCAUUAUGGCACCUUCCCGCAGUCAAAUUCCAUGUAGCUACAGCGUUUAGAAUUGUAUUUUUCUACAUCCUGACCAGGCAGGUCUGGAGUGGAAGGGUGUAUCGAGUCUAGUAGAGAGUGGAAGGGUGUUGCUAGCAAGUUCACAAUGGAGUCCUACGAUAUAAUAGCAAAUCAGCCGGUCGUGAUUGAUAAUGGCUCUGGUGUUGUUAAAGCUGGAUUUGCAGGGGACCAGAUCCCAAAGUACUGCUUCCCCAACUAUGUGGGUCGACCCAAGCAUGUUCGGGUGAUGGCAGGUGCUCUGGAAGGAGAUCUCUUCAUUGGACCUAAAGCUGAGGAGCACCGGGGACUUUUGUCUGUGCGUUACCCCAUGGAACAUGGAAUAGUGAAGGACUGGAAUGACAUGGAGAGGAUCUGGCAGUACGUCUACUCCAAGGAGCAACUUCAGACCUUCUCUGAAGAGCAUCCUGUGCUGCUGACAGAAGCCCCGUUGAACCCGAUUAAAAACCGGGAGCGGGCUGCAGAGGUGUUCUUUGAGACCUUCAACGUACCGGCCCUCUUCAUCUCCAUGCAGGCAGUGUUGAGCCUCUAUGCCACAGGGAGGACCACGGGAGUGGUGCUGGAUUCUGGGGACGGGGUGACCCAUGCCGUGCCCAUCUACGAGGGCUUCGCCAUUCCUCACUCCAUCAUGCGGGUGGACAUCGCCGGGCGGGAUGUCUCGCGUUACCUGCGCCUGCUUCUGCGUAAAGAGGGCUAUGACUUCCAUACAUCCGCAGAGUUCGAGGUGGUCCGCACCAUCAAAGAGAGAGCAUGCUACCUUUCGUUGAACCCACAGAAAGAUGAGACCUUAGAGACCGAGAAGGCGCAGUACACCCUCCCUGAUGGCAGCACCUUGGAUAUUGGUCCUGCCAGGUUCCGAGCACCUGAGCUUCUCUUCCGUCCAGACCUGAUAGGAGACGAGAGCGAAGGAAUCCAUGAGGUUCUGGCUUUUGCCAUCCAGAAAUCGGACAUGGAUCUGAGACGAACUCUCUUCUCCAACAUUGUCCUCUCCGGAGGCUCCACACUUCUCAAAGGUUUUGGAGAUCGUUUGUUAAGUGAAGUAAAGAAAUUGGCGCCAAAAGAUGUAAAGAUCAAGAUCUCUGCGCCUCAAGAGAGACUCUACUCCACUUGGAUAGGGGGCUCCAUCCUGGCUUCCCUUGACACCUUUAAGAAAAUGUGGGUGUCAAAGAAAGAAUAUGAAGAAGACAGAGCUCGUGCCAUCCAUCGGAAAACCUUUUGAAGAAGAGAGAGGGAGGGAGAGAGAGAGAGAGAAGGAGAGAGCUCUGUCUACAAGCCUCUGAAUGGAGUCCACCAACUACUCUACACUGUAAUACCCCUUCCUCUUCAUCUGCAAGGAGAGGGAUGGCAUGCCUUCUACAGAACCCCCUACACACAUCCUAAACUGGGGAGACAGGACAGGACUGCCGAUGUUGAGCAGAAAGAUGGACAUCUUGACACAAGCGGGCAUCUCUUGAUUUUAUUUUAUUUUUUUAACGUUUAUUGUUUAAUGCAAUGCUCAUCAUCAUUUGAAUGCAAAAGUAUAAUUUAUUGUGCUUCUGGUUUACUCCAUUUCAAGUAGAAGAUUCACCAGUUGACAUUGCUAAGUAAACAAGCUGCUUUACUUUAUGGAUUCCGUUAAGAAAAAACGUGCCCUGUUUGGCUUUGUAACUAUGGCACUGCGUAUAUACUGUAGAUCCCUAAAGAGCAUGUUAUCACUUCUCCUUUCACACUAAGACUUGACACAGUUACAGUGAAUUGAAAUUAUACAAUUAUCAGUCACUUUCUGUUCCCUUGUCAUUGUAUGUAGUACCCAAUGAACGGAAGAAGAAAAUAAAUUACAGAGCAGAAGCCAUGGCAGCUUGGAUGAUGGUGGUGGUAUUAUUAGAUGUUUAGAAGUACAAGCCAAGUGUAUGAAACCUGUCCUGUAUUUAGGUGAUCAUCAUAUAACCGUGUUGAUAACAGUAGUAUGGUUACAAAUUCCGGAGGGUACCAUAAAAAAGGCACUUUAUAGACAGCGAAUCAAAAUAAAAUGUAAAGUUGCUCCACAGUCGUAUACUGGAUGACAAGAUGCACCUCAAUGAUGGUAUUUUACAGUGUAAUUGGAAAUAAGUGUUAAACCUUGGAAUUAAUAAUUUGACCUUGAAACAUUUUGAACAUAUUCUUGUUAGUUCUCUUUAGUUUAAGAUUUAAGUUUAAAGUUGAUGACUGCUCUAAGUGAUGGUUAUUCAUGAUUAUGUUUUGUAUCAUGGCAAAUAAAGGUAAAUUCACGUUUUA